GCCCUGGCCAACGCGCCCUCUUCUCUCUUUCCCUCUCUUCAACCUGUUCCACCCUCAAUAUUGGAAGAAGGACCCAUCCUUUACCUUUCGUUUCUAGUCCAUUAACACAUCAUCGCUCCCUUUGUGGUGUAUUUUUCUCUUCUUUCCCGUCCAUACGUCUCUCUCUCUCUCUCUCUCUCUCUCUCUCUCUCUCUCUCUCUCUCUCUCUCUCUGCCUCUCUGCCUCUCUCUGCCUGUCCCCCGAGAAACUGGAGACAAUUGAAAACAUUCUGUCGCGGGCUCGAACUUUUUGACACAACAGAAGCACCAAACACCACGCAGCUCUCUCUUCAAACACAUAGCGCGACACGUUGAACGUUCUUUCCCAGCUGGCUACUACUGCACUGAACCCGUACAUUAUCACACACGAACAACACUCGGAUCAACGUAGGUUGAUCUGUAUCACUCGGUCAUUUCAUCCACUCGACCCAGCUGCAUCAAAAUAUUUACUUUCCUUUGCAACUCGUACACAACCACUCUCUCGUCCGGAUUGACGCCGAAUCACUCACCGUAUAUCACAAAUUACCCAGGACUGGUCUCCUCUACCCUCCUAGUGUCGCACACACGGCAACACGGCGCAACUUGCCCAGGAUAACCCGUUAACCUAUCAUAUAAUCACUUGUCUGGCCUAAAUUCUCAACACCACCGUGGACAGACGAAAGCACAAGCACAUCUUGACGCCCGACCACCAAAUCCCUCUCGGCAGAUCCUUUCAUCGACCGCGCCUCUAUUUCACUGUUUCGGCAUUACUUCCCUGUCGUCCACUUGACUGCCACUGUCUUGCAGCACAAGGUCCACCUCACCUGCCGAUAAAGGUCACAGGUCCAAUCACGAGUGCAGUCUACAGCACUUUUUAUCACCACCAUCUGCUGCUCUCCGCAUCCCGUCACCGCACAUCAGGCUCUCGCUCCCGGAUCAGGCACUUGCUCUCCACAGCCCGAUUCAAGCUUGCUUAUCUACUUCUUCCCUCAAGCAAAGCCUGCCCGGCCUUUAGCUUAAGUCAGUAUCUCAGCCAAGUUAAGAGUCUACUCGGUGUUCUCGUCAACCGCCAGCAUGUCGUCUCUCUCAAGAGCCUUUACCACCCGUCGGGUCAAGAACAGCAUCGAUCUCUCCGACGCCGCGCGGGGAAAGGAGCGCAGCAAUGUUAUGCAACGAAGCAAGACUACUAAAGGCCAACCCGUCAUCAGGCACAAGAUCUCUGCGCCCAUGGAGCUCGUUCACACCACCAACAUGCUUUCCUACAACGCUCCCGAUAUCCGACCCCGAACUGGAACCGACGCAUCCAGCAACUCGUCGAGGAAGUCAUCGGAGGAGGAUUCGGAAAGCGCCAAGUCAGCCGCGUCUUCUCCCCCAACCAGCCCCGAUGUUUCGCCUCACGAGCUGUCCAAGGAAUCGAACCACCUGUCCUGCUUCUUCGUCGCCCCCAGUUCUGCCAUGAACCCUUCCGCGAUCCCCGAGGUCCCCGCCGUCCCCACUAUCCCAAAGCGCGCGCCCUCGCACACGAAGCAGGCUUCAUAUGACGCCGUCGCCCGUCAGCGUUCCCUCUCCCAAUUGUCCAAAGCCUCGGAUAAAACAGUUUCCUCCAAGGCCAGCAUGACAUUCUCCUCGCGGGCGUCCUCUGGUUCCAGCGCCGCCUCGACCAUGUCUCAUAACUCGGUCGCCCCCGCGCUCAAGGCUCCCGUGCCGCCGAUGCCCACUUCCGCAUUCCAGCAACAGCAACAAUCGAGACAGGACAAGAUGUCUGCCGAGUCGCACCCCUUUGGCCGCGAACUAGCCCAGGUCACGGAAAUCGCCGAGGAGUUUGGCAUCAAGGACGAUGUCAUGUACGAAGAGGAGCGCGCUCUCAAGGCCGAGGGUCUCUGCAAGUUUGCCGCAGAAGAUUAUCUUGUCGAGGUUCAAAGCCUCUUCGCCAGCUUCUUCACCGACAGCCACACACCCCAACGCUCGAUGGCUACCGCAUGGAUCUGAUGCAUCUGCACCAUCCCGCGCCGCCUGCUCAGUGCGCGAAAUUCGAGACUCUUCUUUGUACAUAAUCGGAAGGAGGCAUCCUUUUCAACCGGACCACGACCUCGACCUUUUUUUUUUUUAAGGGAAGAUGAUGAAAAUGAGACUUUGGUUGGCUCAGAGCACAACUUCACCUGGACCAUGGCGCGGAAGGAUCUCUCGCCUAUGGAAGGGCAUGGCUCUGUUUGAGGGACUUCAUGCCCAGCUACUACAUACGGGAUAAUUGGCGUUUCAGUGUAUAUACCUUUGAAUGACGUAUGGAUAUCCCGUCCCCUUUAGCCACCUGCUGCGGAGGCACCUACAGUAUUGCUACUGGCAAUAACAAAACAAAGCUAUUUGCUAGCCUGUGCUUAUUUUUUGCUCUGAGUGUAAUUUUGUUUAGAGGUAGUUCGGUCAUAUGGUCCGUGAUGGUUGACCCAGAGUUCUCGACCGCAUGAGACCAACCCGUGCGCUCUGCCUUAUUCCGUCGCAUUUGUGGUUAAACUUAAUUCGCACACCUACGUACACACGAACCUGCUCGUACAUUUCGUCCGAACAACAAGCAACUGCCUCGCAUGCAAACCCACAGGCUGGCGAGAAAACGGUUGGACUGACAAAACCGAGCCUAGAGGACGCACGGCCCGAGAUCUCAGGCGAGAGCAUGUAAUGAGCCGAUGAGCUCCCUGCCGCGCCCGAGGCUGAAAUCGAGUCUAGGGCUUUCCGAGUCGUUGGUAUCCGGUGACUGCGCCAACGCCUUCCUUUGUCCGAAUUAUUUCAAAUCUCCACAACCAGCAGGCGCUGUCGGCUCGCGGUAAUUCGAUACCGACGGCGCCAUCCCCGUU